AUGGCCGUCGGUACCAUUUCAUCACUCACUGAUGGACAACCACUAGACAACCCCUCUGAAUACAGAAGCUUAGUAGGAGCCCUCCAAUACUGCACUCUAACCAGACCCGACAUCAGUUUCAAUGUCAACAAACUCUGUCAGUUCAUGCAUGCCCCAACCUCUUCACAUCUUCAAGCAGCAAAAAGGCUUCUUCGCUACCUCAAAGGCACUGCUAGUCAUGAUUGGGUCAGCUGCCCAGAUGACAGACGAAGCACAAGCGGGUUCUAUGUCUUCUUAGGUUCCAGCCUCAUCUUCUGGUGCUCUUCCAAGCAAAAAUUAGUCUCUCGUUCCAGUGUCGAAUCAGAGUAUCGUGGUCUUUUUAAUGAUGCUGCCGAGGUUCUCUAG